CUUGUUUUCAUUUAAGUGUGCGGCCGGUAGUCAGGUGACGCUGACGUCAGCAGACUCCUCCUGUAGGGGAAUCCCCUCAAACUCCACGCGUGGAUUUUGCUUUGGGUUUGAAAGAAGCCAAUUUUUGUUGUGUUGUUUUGGCCCUUGCGUGAGUCACUCGGAACGCAUCACCGCAAGACUCUUACAAGAGUAACGUGAAAACCGUUUGGGGGAGAGGAGGUCGGAGAAGUCAAUUAUCGCAAGUUUUGCGAAUCUAAAACAAGCCAUGGCAGAAAGUCAAGAAUUUGCUGAUCUGUGGGAGAGAAACCUCAUUUCCACUCAAGAAGCCGGCACUUGCUGGGAAUUGAUCAGUGAUGAGCAGUAUCUUCCAAGCUCCUUCGAUCCAAAUAUUUUUGAUAAUGUGCUGACUGAACAGCCUCAGCCGUCCACCUCCCCUCCGUCCGCCUCUGUUCCUGUUGCCACUGAUUAUCCUGGGGAACAUGGCUUCAAACUGGGGUUCCCGCAAUCUGGCACCGCCAAAUCUGUGACCUGCACUUACUCAUCUGAUCUGAAUAAGCUUUUUUGCCAAUUGGCGAAAACUUGUCCAGUUCAGAUGGUGGUGGAAGUUGCCCCUCCGCAGGGCUCGGUGAUCAGAGCCACAGCCAUUUAUAAGAAGUCCGAACACGUGGCUGAGGUGGUCCGUCGAUGUCCCCACCAUGAGAGAACCCCAGAUGGUGAUGGAUUGGCUCCUGCUGCUCACCUGAUCCGAGUGGAAGGAAACUCACGUGCUCUUUACAGGGAGGAUGAUGUCAACUCAAGGCACAGUGUGGUGGUUCCCUACGAAGCUCCUCAACUGGGAGCGGAGUUUACAACGGUGCUAUACAACUUUAUGUGCAACAGCAGUUGCAUGGGUGGGAUGAAUCGCCGGCCCAUCCUCACAAUCAUCACUCUGGAGACUCAUGACGGUCAGUUGCUGGGCCGCAGGUCUUUCGAGGUGCGUGUGUGCGCGUGCCCAGGCAGAGACCGAAAAACUGAGGAGAGCAACUUCAGGAAAGACCAGGAGACCAAAACCUUGGGCAAGACCCCCUCUGCUAAUAAACGUAGUUUGACGAAAGAGUCAACUUCAUCUGUGCUUCGACCUGAGGGCAGUAAAAAGGCCAAACUGAGUGGGAGCAGUGAUGAAGAGGUGUAUACCCUGCAGGUGAAGGGUAAAGACAGAUUUGAAAUGUUGAAGAAGAUUAACGACAGUUUGGAGUUGAGCGAUGUGGUGCCUCCAUCUGAAAUUGACAAAUACCGGCAGAAAUUACUCACCAAGGGCAAGAAGGAGAAGGAUGGCCAAACACCUGAGCCCAAAAGAGGCAAAAAACUAAUGGUUAAAGAUGAAAAAAGCGACUCUGAUUAGGAUGGCGGGAUGCUGGGAUGCCUUUCUUUUGCCUUUGUUUGACCAAAACAGUUUGUCAUAGGGAGCAUUUGGUGAUUUGCAGAUCCAUGAUCCCUCAGUCCUGUAUGUCAUGUGUUAUCUUGUUUACUCCACUGGGACCUUUGUAAGUCAGCUGAUUCAGAAGUGGUCUAUAUGAAUGAGGCUAGUAAUGGCCGGGUGCUGUAGGUGUGUAGUGCUUUAUCAGCACUGGAGGAGCAAUGCUGACCCAUCAUUUUGCAGACCCGAUAAAUGAAUGUCCAGCAAUGAGGUUUAACCGUGUGUGGGAUUAUUCCUGUUGUAGGUCAGUGCAGGUCACUUUCCUCCCAACACGUAGUGGUAAGGUUGUAAAAUUGUCACUGACUUACUGGAUGACCACUUUGUUGAAUUUUUUUUUUUUUUUUUUUUU